AUGAGUUCUUAUGGAGGCCAUUCUAGAGAAAAUAUAGCGAAAAAGAAGAUGUUUUAUUCUUUAAUAUGGAAAUCAUUGUCUAUUAUUGGCGCUACAGAUAUUGUUCCUAUAUCAAACUGUACAAAAGCAACUCAACCUAUAAUUGGUGGAGCAGCAUUUCAUAAAAAAUACCAAUUAAUGGAAUUCUUACAAUCAGAUUAUUUCUGGUAUUGUUUCUAUUACAAUACUUUCCAGUAUAGACAUAACUACUGA